CGAGGAUAUGCGACCAAUCACAUUUUAGUUCGCGCUGAGCUAUCGAUCUAUUAGAGCGGUAGCCUGCAGCAAUCCGUCUCGUCAGUUUCAACUCCGCAGACUUACGCGCACAUGUUUGCCGGUGACGUUACCGGGCCUUUUGGGGAUGUGCCAACUGUGAAUCCCCACCCGAACAAGAGAACUAACUAUACCCCAGCAGAAAUCAGAGCUUUGUCACGACUAAUAUUCCAGGCUCGCGAAAUGUUGCAGCAUAAUAAUCAAACGGACAUGUUGCUGGAUAAGUCGUUCUGGGUGCAGAUCGCAAAUCACAUGCAUGCCAGUGGGUGGCCGAAACGCUCAUGGGUCCGUCUCCGAGAAAAGGGUCGACGAUUGCUAAUGAGCACAGGAUCUUCCGCCCAACACAAUACUCCAGCUUCCAUGUGCGAACCACCGACACAACCCGAUACAACGCCGACGACGAGAUGCAAAUCCGAUCCCGAAGCAGGUUGCUUGGCUCAAUCGAUCUCGACACAAAUAGUCACAACCAGUAAUAUCCCAUCAAAUUCGAACGGUGAAAUUCAGGUAGUCUCUAGAUCAAUCCAAUACAGUCUCCCCCUUCUGACACCUUCCACAGAAGUGCCAAGUGGUCCACUCACUGACACAAACACUACUCCACGCAUCCACGUAUCACCAGUUCCUAUCCCGUUGCCAAGUCCUCAAAUUCUGCAUGUCUGUUCAAGGGCCACACACGCAGCUGCCAAUGUGAGUGAGGCUAGAACUAUCAGUACUGGAGCACCGGAUAGAGCGAGUCCGACCAAUGCACUACAGGGUGCUCAGAACUCCACUCUGUCGCAUAACCCUCCAAUCAUUGUUCAACCAUCAGGAGCAAGUGUUUCAACCGCAAGUGAAGUGAAUCGAAUUGAUUUAUCGGUUUCCAGUGACGAGGACGUUGAAGCUGCCACCACAGAUGUCGGUGCAAACAAGGUUCAAUCGCCGCUUAUGAUCGAUGCUGUGGAUGGCAAAUUGAAGUCGAAGCGAUCCCGCUUGGGGACCGGCAUAGCGAGAACGGAAUCGCAUUUGAGAAAGCUAGUUUACGAGAAGAAGCUGGAAGUAUUGGAGUUGAAGAAGCGUUACUGGACUGAGAAGCUGCGGGUGCUGUUUCGACAAACUCACUCACCACUACACAUGGAGAGUGAUAAUUGAGCAUUGACUAUUUUUGUGGUAUCACCUGCUUUUCUCCUUCCGGUCGCUCCUUGCUACUGUGGAGGAUGUUUGUAUUUUUGUAAAUACAUGUCUAUUGAUAUCAUGAUGAACCGGGCGUUUAGGUGUUCGUCUCCGUCUAACAUCUCGAUGGAGCUAUUGAGGAUAUCGUUUCUAUCCGU